AUGCCUAAACGCUCUCGACAGGUGCAAACGGCCCUCAUGAACCUUGGGCGCUGGGCAAAGAAAACAAAGAUUUCAGCUGAGAAGAAGGAGAAUAUUAGUAUUCCUACAGUUGCUACAGUAUCACCUGGCUCUGUAGCUUUAGUUCAUGAUUAUCUUACCAAUCAUCAUGCCCAUUCUCCACUCUCGAACUUGGGUGCAGCUGCCAUAAACCAUGCCGAAUGUGCUACAGCGGAGGAAGUCACUUGUCCAAGUCAAUUGUCCACAGACAUUGAAUUGUCUGUGUUGCAUGCUGACUUGAAGGAAUCAGCAGACUUUGGGGUACUGGAGUCAGAAGAAACCUUGGAUUCAGACUCGGAGACUCUUCCGAGUCAUUUUGACUGGACAUCAGACAGUGGGGAAGUGGAUGAUGAACCUGGUGGGAUAGAGGGUUACGAGACCUUGGACGGCACACUCAAAGACGGUGCGGCACUUUCUAACUCGGAAAUUACCUGUCAGCGCUCCGACUCUGCACCCCCCAAUCUCCCCUCCUCAGCUUCUCAGGAAUAUGAUGUUCCUUGGCAUUCAAUUGAUGCCCGAACACCACCCGGUGUUGACAAAGCACGUCUUGCAUUAAAUGACCUGAAAAAGUUGCUUCACCCGACUCGCAAUAGUGGGCAUGGAUAUAAACCAUCUGGACUCACCUCUCUUCUUGAGAAACAAUUGACGUGGAUGGAGUAUUUCCUGUGCACAUAUGUAAGCGGCACGCCAUGGUCGAGUGCAGCACUUCAGACGGUGAAAUUUGUAGGGAAGGGGACUCACAUGUCUCGGACAGUGCGGCAGUGGUCAAAAACCUAUAUUCUGGACCGUGGGAAUUUACCGUUGUCAAAGUGCAGUGGAGACUGGACGAAAUCUCGGAUCAAUGAUGAAGAUUUGAAGGAGGAACUGCUCACGCACCUUCAGUCGCUUGGCAAAUAUGUCACUGCCAUUGCGGUCGUCAAUUAUCUUGCACGGCCAGAUGUACAACAGCGAUAUCAGUUGUCGAAGACUAUUUCAUUGGUGACGGCUCAGCGCUGGAUGGAGAACUGUGGCUUUUGA